CAUUCUUGAAUACGAUUACGUUUUCACUUUUUUUGAUAUUUGUUUAGGCCCAACUUGAAGCUAGUCAUUAACACCUCAAUUACCAAAAAAUGUUGACGUCGCGCUUGAACCUCUGGUCGCGCCUUCAGUCGAUGCGCAAAUGCAGCACCACAGCAUUGGGCCAACAAAAACAGGCAGCCUUCAAAAUCCACGAUCCUUUGCAGGCGCACGCCCUCAAAGAGCAAUGCAUUCUGGUCGACGAGCACGACAAGGCCAUCGGAGCUGCUAGCAAGGCCGACUGCCAUCGUGUGCAGCCCGGAACGGGUGACGUGAAGCUGCAUCGCGCCUUCAGUGUGUUUCUGUUCAACUCGAAGGGCGAGAUGCUUGUACAAAGGCGCUCCGUGCACAAGAUUACCUUUCCAGACACAUAUACGAAUGCCUGCUGUAGUCAUCCCUUGCAUGACAUUGAGCAGGAGCGACAGGAGUCAAAUGCCCUGGGCAUACGUUUAGCGGCUCAACGCCGUUUGAACUACGAACUGGGCAUACCCCCAGAUGAAAUAAAGCCCGAGAACUUUAACUAUUUAACGCGCAUACACUAUGCCGACGCAGGCGACGGUGUCUGGGGAGAACAUGAGAUUGACUAUAUACUCUUCCUGCAAAAGGAUGUCACACUAAAGCCCAAUGCCAAUGAGGUCAGCGAGGUGCGCUACUUGAAACGCGACGAAAUCGACGAAGCGAUAGCCAAAUUUAGUGCACCCUUGACCCCCUGGUUUGCUCUAAUAUUGCGUCAUCGGCUCAAACAAUGGUGGGACAAUUUGCAUAGACUAAAACAGUUCGAAGACUUGCAAAAUAUACAACGCUUCUGAGAACUCAAAGCACAAUACACGAUCGCAGACGCUGCAAGUUGUUGCAAUCAAGCCAAAAAUAUCUAUGUGAAAUCUCAGUUUUGUUAUAACUUUGCCAGCGAAGUGGACAUUGCCAAAAUCAUAAAGUACUAUACCAUAUCUUAAAGGCCUA